GGCAAUCCUCGCGACCUCCACGCCCCCUGCUCGCCACCCCCAUGGCGAUGGCGAUGAGGCCGCCGGCGCUGGUCGACGACGCCAUGCGCGAGGUCUUCACGCGCCUGCCGGCGGACGACCCCAGGAGCCUCGUCCGCGCCGUCGCCGUCUGCAGGAGCUGGCGCGGCAUCUUCUCCGACCCCGGCUUCGCCCGCGGCUACCGCGCGUUCCACGGGGCGCCGCCCAUGCUGGGCUUCCUCCACAACGCGUACCGCAACGGCAACCGCUUCGUCCCCACUUCGACCUUCCGCCGGCGGGCGUCCCAGGACCGCCCAGACUGCCAGGUCCUCGACUCCCGGCACGGCCUCGUCCUACUCUACGCCCCCGCGUACGAACUCCCCUUUGACGCCUGCGACCUCGUCGCCAACAAGUUGUGGGAGAUCGAGGCCUUCCCCAAGUGCCGCGGCACCAUGCACUGGGAGGACAUCUACGAGGGCGUGCUACACUGCAAUGCCACGGUGCUCUGCGCCAGAGACCGGUGCGACCACCUCGACUGCCAUGGCGGCGGCCCUUUCCUGGUGGCCUUGGUGGGCUCUGCGGAGGAAGGAGGCAUUGCCCUCGCCACUGCCUACUCGUCGGAGACUAGUGAGUGGAGCCGCAAGAUCUCUGUUCGGAGCCCGGGUUUGCAGAUCGACGACGGAGGGCACACUGCUGUGGUGGGAAACAAGGUCUAUGUCCCCAGCUAUGAGUGUGACAGUGUCGUGGAGUACGACAUUGCUGAGCAACAACUAUCUGUGAUCAAUGUGCCAGAGAGCCUGGACGAGGCACACCUUGACCUCAUAGGCGCGGAGGACGGCAUGCUGCUGUUUGCGUCCGUGCUCAAGUCUAGACUCUAUCUAUGGUCAAUGGAGGCUGGUCCUAGAGGAGCCGCGGCAUGGGCGCGACGCAGGGUCGUCGAGCUCGAGCCGUUGCUCCCUCCCCAUGCCCUCUUGGACAUGUCGGAGUCGGACGUGUGGGCGGUUGGUUUCGCGGAAGGGGUUAGGGUCAUCUUCCUCAGAACACCGGCUGGGUUGUACGCAGUUGAUCUUAAUUCAGGCCGAGUCAACAAUGUGGGUAAAUAUAGCAUUGAGAAGGUCAUGCCCUACACGAGCUUCUGCACUCGAGCAUUCCGCCGGGUGCUGGCCUCUGAUGAAGCCUCACGCGCGGUUGCCGGUGGCGGUGCAACAGUGUGACCAUCGAGACGAUGGAUAUCUGUCUACUUUUUCCUCCCAGGAAGACUUUGAAGAUGAGCUCUAGUGGGUGUCUUCUGCUGCCGGCGGUGUUGGGUAGUUUGGUGUAUCUCUAUGGUGGACGUUCAUUUGUAGUACUGGUCGUGCCCUUUUGCCUGAACUGGAGUUAGCUUUGCUUGAGUUGUGCGUCGUUUGAGCAGGGCAUCUAUGGUUCUCCCUUGCGAGUUAACACAAACUCGGUUUCAAUAAUAUUAAUAAUGUGGGUGGAUUUACAGCUUA